AUGGCUCCUGCUUUCCCACACCUAUCAAAUCUAAUCGCAAACUACCUCCGAUGUGUUUCGGCUACUGAGCCGUCGGCUAUUCCUUUUCCAUUCCAAUGCAACUCUAUGAGUGAUGAGCUGCCUGAGGAUAUCAGACGAAUUAUCACCGCACAGACGGAGAGAAAACUGCCGACCACGGUGACAUUACCGGUGCUUCCGAAAAUCGGGCAACCGUUCCCUAACACGGACACGGUUUUCGGUCAAAGUUCAAGUGCUCAUCCACGAGAAUCGAGCUCAGAUAUGGGUUCUAGUGGCCACCUAGUACAACCCUCCUUCACUCCUCAAAUGAAACGCUCAAGUGCUACUAAGCAACAUCGCCCUGAUCAGAUCCUACAGUUUGAUUAUUCGCAUAUUCCCAACCAUGAACUGCUCAGCUCUACUGAAUCGACCUCUAACGCCGAUGCUGGGAGACGUGCCUCGAUAAACGCGCUCACAACCGAGUUGGAUCGAACAUUCGUUAUUCGAAGAGCAGAGCCAUCAUUAACAUUGCCAUCCGACGAUGCUAUUUCUGUAUUGGAUCUCACACUUGCUCCGAUUCCGGCAACUCUUCCAGUCAUUCCUGGUCUACAAACUGCCAUCGACAACCUCAGCAACAGACGAGUGCAAAGUAUUUUGGACGCAUGCAUGCUGUACGACCGUGAGCAAAGAGGCUACCUGAGUGCCCCAUCCAUGAUUAAAUGUAUUGGAGAAGUAGUCACCAGCGUCCAUUCAUCGGACUCACCCUGGCGAUUGCUCUUGAAUUCCAUGGCACCCAGAGGAGAGUUCAUCGAAUACAAGAGGCUGUUCGCGCUUAUUCAAAAGACGAGACAACCUGAAGUCAGCGAAGAAACCAUACCUGAGCUCCUCACACCGCUAAACAUCGAUGACGGUCAAUUCACAUUCAAAUCGAGCACAAGCCAGGAAAAUCGCCAGAUCUGCCGAGCUCAGGUUAUGAAGGAGAUCGAAGUGAUGCUUAUGCGGAACCCCGAACUCUCUUUGGAUCGACUAAGAACAGCUACAACUCACAAGGGAGGAAGCAUUACGAUGAACAGUUACCUCUACUGA